AGAGAGAGGGGGGAAAGAGUGAGAGAGGGGGGAGAGAGAGAGAGAGAAAGAGAGGGAGAGAGCGAGAGCGAGAGAGAGAGAGUAGAGGCAGGCUUUGCCUUUUCUGGUAGUUUAAAACCACUGAGAGCAGGCAGGAAUUCAUAGUGUUGCAGGACUGAGACAUAAACCAGACUGUAAGACAGUGAACGAGGGAGAGAAGAGGGGGUGAACUAAACUUCAGCUACUGCUAAGAGUGACUACAAGGAGAAACUCCUGGACAUCAUGGAUGAUGACUUUGACCGCCGUAUGGAGCUGAGGAGGCAGAGGAGGGAGCAGAUGCGCGUGGAAGCAGAGACGACGGGUGGUAUCGCCAACGAUGAUGAUGAUGAGGCGGCCCGGGAGCAGAGGAGACGCGCCAGGGACGAGAGGAGGAAGCUGAAAGAGCUGGAGGACUCUGGUUGCGCUGACGUCAUCGACACCAACAGCAUGACAGAGACGGAGACCUCCGCCAUCAGCACUGAAGGGGCGGACGAUGACCAGGCCUUGCUGGACCGCCUGGCCAAGAGAGAGGAGCGCAGGAAAAGAAGAAUGCAGGAGGCCCUGGAGAGGCAGAAGGAGUUGGACCCGACUUUAACCACCAGCAAUGGCAUGGACGCCGCCCUGGAGGAGCAAACGGCUGCCAGCAGUAGCAGACAACGAGAUGCAGAGGAAGAGCAGGAGACAAAGCAAGAGAAAGCAGGUCAAGAGGGGGAGGCUACAACGGCUGAGACCAACUCCUGGAGGGGAGGCGAUGAGGACAAGAAGGAGGAGGCAUCUGCGUCUGUUCCUGAACCAGAGGCUGCAGCGGAGAAGGAGGUCACAACUUUGAAAUUCAGAGCUGAGUCAGCUUGCUUUGCUGGGUUGUCGGUUAGCUCAGAGCAUGAAUCAGAUGAGCCAACUUUAGCCCUGUUGAACAGCAAGAGUAUUGCGAUAUUUGAUUUUGUAGAUAUUGUCCAGGCCUACUUCUCAUCUAUGAAACAAUGUGUCCUUGUUAAACAGCAACCUGUUGAGGAGCCACCGAGAAUACCGGACACGAGAAAUGAGGAGGAGGUUCAGGAGAAGAGCAUAGCAACAGACGUAGCGGUAGAUCAGUCAGGUUUAGGAGAAAAGAAUGCUGAAGAGGAGGCCGCCCCUAAAGCAGACGAGGAAGAGAAGAGGAAGAAAGCAGAAGAGAGACAAAAACAAGAGAUGGAGGAGAAGAUGAAGCGGGAGGAAGAAGAGAGACAGCAAAGGGAGGAGAGGAGGAAAAGAGAAGAGAAAAAACAAAAGGAAGAGGAGGAGAGACUUAGAGCAGAACAAGAAGCAAGAGAGAGAAAGGAGGCGGAAGAGAGGAUGAGGAAAGAAGAGGAGGAGAACCGGCAAAGGGAAUUGAAGGAGAUGAAGAAGAGAGAAGAGGAAGAAAAGCAGAAGAGGGAAAUGGGGGAGAAGAAGAAGCGGGAGGAGGAGGAGGAAAAGAAGAAGCGGGAGGUAGAGGAGAAGAAGAAAAAAGAGGGGGAAGAAAAGAAGAAGCAGGAGGCAGAGGAGAAGAAGAAAAAAGAGGAGGAAGAAAAGAAGAAGCGAGAGGAGGAAGAAAAGAAAAAGAGAGAGCUGGAGGAGAAGAAGAAGAAGAGAGACGAGGAGGAUAAACGGAAAAAGAAAGAGCUGGAAGAGAAGAAGAAGAAAGAGGAGGAAGAGAAGCUGAAAAGAUUUGGUUUCAAGGAAAAGACUGAAACAACCGCACAGAACGGAGCACUCCAGGACAGCAAGCACAAGAAAGCAGAGAAGACCACAAACAGGGAGAAUGCGCGCUCUGCCAAGGAGACGGAUGCAGAGCGCCAGGAGGCCGAGCGUAAACUGGAGGAGCUGAAACGCCGGCGUAACGACACAGAGAGCAAGGAGAUUGAGAAAAUGAAACUGAAGCAGCAGGAUGCCGAGGCCGAGCUGGAGGGGCUGAAGAAGAAGAGAGAGGAGAGGAGGAAGGUCUUGGAGGAGGAGGAGGAGCAGAAGAAACAGGAGCUCACCGACAAGAAAGCCAAAGAACAGGAGGAGAGGAAGAGGAUGAAGGAGGAGAUAGAGAGGAGGAGGGCGGAAGCAGCGGAGAAGAAGAAACAGAAGGAGGAGCCCGGGGAGGCCAAGGUCGCCUUCGCCGUCAAUCCCAAAGGCUCCUCAAAGAUCGGGGAGAAGGCUGAGUUCUUGAACAAGUCGGCCCAGAAAAGUGCCAUCAAAACAUCACACACUCCUGUUGUGUCCAAGAUCGGCAACAGACUGGAACUGUACACCUCGGCCUUGCAGGGAAACAAAGAAGUCAAGUCCCCAAAGUCUCCCCUGGCCGAUAUUCCCACAGGAGGCGCCCGCAGCAUCAAGAACAUGUGGGAGAAGGGAAACGUCAGCAGCUCCUCUGAGAGCCCAUCUCCGAUGAAUAAAGAUGCUGCUGGUAUCAAAGUGGGCGUGGCUGGAAGGGUCAACAGCUGGAUGGCCAAGCCUGCAGAGGCCGACAAGGCAGCACCAGCAGCUGCUGCAACAACACCAUCAAAACCAGCAGACGCGAAACCCGGUGACGUCGGCAGCAAGCGUGGCUUAUGGGAAACUAAGAAGAGCUCCACACCGGCCAAGACGACAGUCGGAGACAGGAGCAAGUUCUUCACAAACGGCAUGAGGCCCUAACCAUUGAGAUCCCAUUCAUGAAACAACAAAAAAAAACCCUACCUGACCAAAUACGAGUUACUGCUAUACAUUUUCACCCUCCGUCCUUCAGAGUGUUUGCGUCCUGCUCAGCUUUGACAACAGCAAGAGGAAAAGAACACACAGCGGCUGAGGAGCAGCGACACGAGAAGGCCGCUCGCUGAUGAAGGUCUUCAAACUCCACGUCUACAUGUAGCUUUUGCACAGCUCUUAUAAUUUAGCUUUACUUUGCUGUGAGACGUCUGUGAGCUCUCUUCCAUAGGAUGUAUGUGUUUCCAUUGGACUUCACUUGAUUUUUUUUUUUCCCCCCACAAAGACAGAAAGUAAUGCAGACAGGGUUUCGGGAGGGGGGGCGGGUAUUAUGUUGCUCAACUUUGGGACACUUUUCAAACAGGAAAUGGAUCAAGGAUGAUGGAGACGGUUGAAAACUCAAGUUAGUAGUCGAUGCAUUUUCCCCAUUCUAAAAGGUUAUGCAAAGUUGAAACACAAAUCAUAGCAUGUUCCAGACGGCUGAAUAUUUGUCUGAAUGGCCGCUUGCUUUCAGGAUGGACUUAGUAUGUCACACAAAUCACCACAUACACAUGUAAGCGGGGAUUUGAUGUUGUUGCCAAACCGCUCGUACUCUGUAAUGUGCAUCAGUGUUGUAGUUCCAGGUGUUAUUCUCAUUCACUAACACAGCAUUCAAGUGAUGAAGACGAUGAUGGUACUCACUGUUUUUAAUCUUCUGCGAUGGCUGUGUGGUUAUCUCUCACAGCUAGCUUUUGAUAUCUCGCCACUGAGCUGGCUUAUUAGCUGAUUUGCCUGUACAUACUGGAGUUGUUGUCCCCCCCCCCCCAAAGAGCUCCACAUCAGCUAUACGGGAGACGACACUCGACCAUCCAUCCAAUAUCCAAGCCGCUUAUCCUAGUUAGGGUCGCGGGAUGCUGGAGCCUAUCCCGGCAGUCACUGGGCGGCAGGCGGGGAGACACCCUGCACAGGCCGCCAGUCCAUCACAGACACUCGAACAUACCGUAGCGAAUACGGGGGGCAGCCGGGACGCGAACCCGGGUCUCCCGCACCACGGGCGACUACGUUAACCAGUCGACUAAAGCAGUGUUUCUCAACCCAGUCCUCAAGGACCCCCUAUCCUGCAGAUUUUCAUUGUAACCCUGCAUAGGUAGCCCUGCUUGUACUUACUCGACCAAUCAUCUCGCAGCACUUAAUUAUGCAAGGUGUGCAACGUCUGACAAAAUUCACUGCUGAUUGGUUGAAUAACUACAAACGGGUACCUAUUCAGGGUUGCAAAGAAAAUAUGCAGGAUAGGGGGUCCUUGAGGACUGGGUUGAGAAACACUGGACUAAAGGGUCCGACCCGUUAGCCAAGGGCUAGCGAGUCUAGCCGUCCGUGGUGGUUGCACUACCCCCACCUCCUUCGAGAAGGCUUCAGCAUAUCAGCUCCCUCACGCCUCUGGGCGCACGCGCUUCCGAUGGCCUUCACGGUCUCGCCGUCCCACUUCUGACACCAAAUGUAGCAAAUCUUGGGGGGGGGGCGCGGGAGACCCAGGUCCACGUCCCGGCUGCGGCGUUUCCCGGCUGCCCCCCGAAUUCUCUGUCAGAAGUGGGACGGCGAGACCGUGAAGGCCAUCGGAAGCGCGUGCGCCCAGAGGCGUGGGGGCAGUCGGUGUGCUGAAGCGUGGGGGCUCGCGUCCCGAAGGAGGGGGGGGGUGGUGCAGCGGCCCCAGGUGUGUAGACUCACUAGCCCUUGGCUAAUGGGUCGGACCCUUUAGUCCGUGGUCGUUAGAAUACCAUAAAGUCAGCAGCACAUUUCAGCCCAGACUGCAGCCAGAUCACCACGGCGUGCAAAGCAGCAUGGCGUCCGUGUGCCAUAUUGGGGGGGGGGGGAGCACCACCUUGACUCCACCAAGUCAGGCAGAAUCCUUCCAACGUUGUGUGCACUGCAACAGCAAGGUGGGGCGGGGGGGUCGACAAGCCGAGGGGUCACGCGCGGCCCUUCUGUGCCGAAGCCUGUGAUCACCACAUCCUGUCUCCGGGUGGUUCGGUGCACCCGGAUCCGGGUGGUUCGGUGCACCCGGAGGUCUCUGCGAGUGCUUGAAACCCGCCACCACGGUACUGCGAGCCACGCAGGACCGGGUCGCUUCGCCAGUGUUCAGCUUGUAUUUGUGUUUUUGCUUCAGCAAAUAAAAAAAAAAAUUUGAAAAAAAA